CAUUUUAUAUUUCCAAAAUGCUUUUAAAAGUUCAUGCUUUUAAAAAAAAAAAAACUAACCAUUUACCUCCGAACUCCCACCACGUCUAUUUACAUUUUAUAACCACCCAUAAUGUAUAUUGUAUACCAUGUAUAAAACCACGUCUAUUUCCUACUGAACUUUUUUUUUUUUUCUUCCAAAGUUCAUGGUUUUAAAAAAAAACCAACUUUCACGUUGGUUUACCUCCAAACUCCCACCAUCAUUUACAUUUGAUAACCACCCACCAUGUAUACCAUGUAUAAAAAGUCAACCGCCAAAAAAAGAUGAACUACCUUGAGAAAACACUUCUAUAAAUUCCUCAUGUGAUUUCAUAAUUCAUCCAUCACUUUUCCAUCUAAAAGUUGUCAUGGCUCUUAGUCUAACUGUUGACGAUGUCUCUUCCAUUUCAAAGGAAAAGGAAGUGUGGAGAGUUAUUGUGAAGGUGGUGCGGAAGUGGAUGACUCCAAGUUUCGAUCGUUCAAAACUUCCUAAUUUGAUGGAGUUGGUUUUAAUGGAUGCAAAGGGUGAUAGGAUCCACAUCACAGUGCAAAGGACUCAUGUUUAUAAGUUUAAUCCUUUGUUAGUUGAGGGUCGAGUAUACAUGUUGUCACAUUUCAGUGUUGGUGAUAGCGCUCUGGAUUUUCGUACAACGGCACAUGCUCACUGGAUAAUCAUUGGUUUUGAUUCGGUUGUUCAAACCCUAACCGACGAUCUCAUCACUAAGAGUCCUUAUUCAUUUGUUUCUGUUUCUGAUAUCAUGUUCAAUGAUCCAGAUCAGACACUGAUAGUCGGUGCAAUUUCAAACUAAAACUGUAUACAUCCGUAAAAUUAUUUGUGAUCUAUCAUAUUUUGUUUGUCUCGCAUAUGUGAUAGGGAUCCUUACCGGCCAUAGCGGCGAGCAGGAAUUUGAAAAAAACCAUCAAGUGCGAAAAAGGAUUACCAUAGAGAUUGAACAAGAAGGGUAAUUAUUAGUAUUUUGAACAAAAACGCAAAAUCUAUUAAAAUUUUGAAUUCAUUAACCAAUUAUUGUGAGUAAUAAUUUUAAUCAUAAGUUUGUUGAAAACAGAGUGAAAGUUGAGUGUGCAUUUUUUGGAAGCUACGUCCAAGAGUUAUUCUCUGCUUUAUCUUCACGCGAUCUGAGCGGCGUUGUGGUUUUAAUCCUGUUUGCAAAAAUCAAGCAUUUUAAAGAUAUGUUCGGGAAAAAAAUGUUUAUAUCUGGUAUGUUCAAUGUUUCUUUUUAUAAACAUAUUAAAAUAAUUGUGUAGGUCAACAAAGCCUGCAAAAUGCAUAUGGUGCAACACGGGGCCUCUUUAAUCCUGAGAUUCCUAAAGCUACUGUUGUGAGGGACAAGUUUUUCGAGAUGAAUGAACCUGGAUCUCAGGUGCAUACUCAGUUGUCCGACUCUUCAAAACCUUCCCUCGAUAAAGAGCUCUUAAAACUCUCAGAAGUCAUGCUGUGUUGUGUUAGGGACCAUCAUACAGAUACCUGAGCGGAAUAAUUGGUGGUACAAAGCUUGCAAGUGCAACAAAAAAGUUAUUUGGGAUGAGAAAAUGUAUUUCUGUGAUAACUGUAACCGUCAUUAUUUUUCCAUGAUCCCUAGGUUCCGUUUGCAAGUCAAAGUAAAGCAGGGUAAUGACAUUGCUGCAUUGGUCAUAUUUGACAAAGAAGCGAGUGUUCUUCUUGAAACUACUAGUGCUGACUUGGUUGAUUCGUCAACAAAGAAUCCUGCUGGCUAUGGCUCUACAACUCCUGCUGAAUUACUUAAGUUGUUGGAAAAGACCUCUUUCUUUAGGAUUGAAGUUAACAACACUUCAAGCUACAGGUUCGAGUCAUCAUAUCGUGUCAACAAAACUUGUGGAGAUCCCGGCUCCAGGUUUGAGCCAUCAUAUCGUGUCAAGAAAAUAUGUGCAGAUCCUGACUUAAUUGUUCAUUUCAAGGAAGUUUUCCCUCCUCCUAAUGACGACACUCCUCCAUUGCUAUUGCUAGAAACACCUACAUCUGAUGAGAGUGUUGAAAACGCGAGUUCCAGUUUGGCCAAGAGUUUAUUGCUGCUGCGAGUGGCGAUGUUGUUGAUCCUAACAUAGAAAAAAAAGAAGUUCCCCCAUGCAAGCGGAUCACUCACUCGGAGAAUGAAGGAGUUGGUUCAACUAAUAACAAGAAGAAGCUGAUCAAGAAGAUUAAGAAGGAGAAGAAUUGACAAAUCAUAUUUUGGAUAUUAAUUUUAUGUAUUGAACUUUUCAUGUUCCUUUUUUAGGCGUUAUGUUUGUUUUUUAAGUAUUUCAUGUUUUCAUGUAUUUGGCUUAGUCGUUAUGUUUGUUGUUUAAGUAUUUGGCUUAUGUUUUUAUGAAGAACUUGAUAUAUUAUUUUAAUUUAAGAUGUUUAAAUUUUCGUGCAAUUUUUUUUUUUUUUGAAAAUGGAAUGUAUAUUAUUAUAAAAGUCCAGAACCGAAAACACUCUAGGCAUGAGCCAAGUACAAUCUGAAAUAACAUAACCAAAAGCAACAAAGAAACUUGAGCUGUGCUAAAACCCACCACCAACCCACAUAAUGAUAUAGUCGAAAUCCCAAGAAGGAGCCUCAUUAAAACCUUACUUGGAAAAACCCAAUGGGAUAAAAACCAAGCAAGGAAAAAGAGUGUCACAAUCAUGGGAUAGUCAUUCUGCACCAAUACAAAUAAGCACUACAAUCCUUGAAACAAAAAAUUAGCACUAGCUAAAACCAUGACCCUUUACAUCACAAAAUCUACUUCAAUUUGCAUCAUAGCCCAUGUAAUACAGUAGCAACAGCAGGCCAGAACGAUUUAUUAACAGCAGCAGCAGCAGACACAGGCAACAACAACAACAACAGUAAGCAACAAUAACACAGUAGUCAAUUUCGUAACAGUAACAACAACAGCAACAACAUCAGCACCAGCAACAGGAAAACACAGCCUAACAUCAACAGCAACAACAACAACAAACAGCACCAGUGACAACAGCAAAUAAAAUGACAGCAAAAAGGAACCAGCAACAAACAAACAAAAACUGCAAAGCUGGAGAACCAAUGUAAAACUGCUCUCUUCACAACUUUCCUCUUUGUUGAUCCGCCUAAGCCGCAAACAUGUCAAUUAAGAUGGGGAUGGUUUUGGCGAAUUUGAGCUUCUAAACCACGAAGCAUCAACGCUUCCGAGCCUCGCGGUCUCAAACCCAACUGCUUUCCGAGUAACCAAGUUCUCUGAGCCCGUGUCGUCACUCCAUCUUCUCCCUGUACAGGCUCUAAAAAAUCAACAGGCAAAGGUUUUGGCUUAUUCUUGCUUCCUUUUGGUCGACCACGCUGUGAACUUUUUUGUGAGGAAUUUGUAUUUGGCGUUUUUUCCAAACCCGGUGUUACAGAAUCAGUUGGAACUUCACAGCCAAGAGAACACGUAAGUUGUUGAUUUUGUGAUGGCGUCACAGGCGAUGCUAAGGCACACACAGGAGAAGGGAUUGAAAUGUGAUGUCUGAUUAUCUGGUUUGGAGUGGUAUGCACAAAAACGUCCCGGCUCUUUCCUUGUUCAUACGUUAUUUUAGUCUCAGAAGCUGAGUGAAGGCAAAAAAACUCCUUUUGGUUGCUAAACUGGUGAGGCAAACACGCCUCAAAUCCUUGUUUUUUGUUAUAAUU